AUGAAUAAGGUGAAUAAACAGAAGACUAUUCUGGAUGUGUGUAGGCUGAAUAAAGUUGGGCUUGGGGCUCUUCUUGAAACAAAAAUCAGGGUAGUCAAGCUGAAAGAAGUUAUGAACACCAUGUUUUAUGGUUGGGAGUUUUACAGUAGUAAGGUUGUGGAAGGUAGAAUCUUGGUGAUUUGGAAUGCUAAAAUGGUGCAGCUGGAAGUGUUACAAGAAAGUGAUCAACUAUUACACUAUCAAGUUAGGUUGCAUAAUCAGAAUUUUUUCUGUAUUACUUUUGUUUAUGGUUCAAAUAAUUUGGAAAUGAGGAGGUGCUUAUGGAUGGAUUUGGAGCACUUGUCUGGGCCUAGUAAAGCUUGGAUGGUUCUUGGGGAUUUCAAUGCAACUUUUAAUCCUAACGAUAGAAUGGGUGGUCGUCCUAUCACUUUGAAAGAAAUGGAGGAUGCUAGAAAAUGGUUAGAGCUUGGUUUGGUGGAAGAAAUGAAGACCAUGGGUCCGUUCUUCACUUGGUCUAAUAAUCAAGAAGGUGGGGCUCAUAUUUUUUCUAAGUUGGGUAGGGUGUUUGUUAAUGAAUCUUGGCUAGAUGAUCAUCCUUUAGCUUCGGCUGGGACUCAGUGGGAGAUUGGUUCAGAUCAUUCCAUGAUUUUGAUUAAGCAGCUGCCAGCUAUAAGGGUGGGGGUGAAGCCAUUUCGUUUUUAUAAUAUGUGGAUUUCUCACCCUCAAUUUAGAGAAGUUGUUCUUAAUAACUGGAACCAGCCUUUGAGAUUUUCUGGCAGGGGUUUAGAUCAAAUUAGUUGGAAGUUAAUUCGGCUCAAGCAUACCCUGAAGAAAUUUAACUGGAAGAUUAUGGGGGUUGUUUCGUGUAAUUAUGAGAGAAGCAAACUUGAGUAUCAACAAGCUCAUUCUAAAUGUCUUGCUGAUCUGUCCAAUAGAGUGCUUUCCAUUGAAGACCGAGAGACUUAUCUUGAGUUUAAGAGGCAUGAGAAGUUAUAUGCUAGCUAUCUUUAUCAAAAGAGUAAAAUAGAUUGGUCAAGGUUUGGGGAUUCCAAUUCCUCUUUCUUUCAUGCCAGUCUAAAGAAAAGAAAGUUAGCUAAUAGGAUUGUUUCAUUUGUUUCUGCUGAUGGAAAAAUUGUUGAUGAUUAUGAUAAAGUUACAGACCACUUUCUGGUUCACUUAAAAAAAUUUAUGGGUACAACUAGUAAAGCUUCAGGGGUUAUUGAUUAUCAAGCUAUCUGUUUUGGAUCUGUUUUGAGCAGGGAGGACCAGCUGUGUUUGAUUAAACCUUUUACUAUCAAGGAGGUUAAAAUAGCUAUGUUUAGCAUCCAUUCUCUCAAAAGUCCAGGUCCGGAUGGGUUUGGGGCUGGCUUCUUUAAAGCUUUAUGGAAGGAUAUUGGUAUGGAAAUUGCUUGGGCUGUUCUUGAUUUUUUUGAGACAGCUAUCAUUCCUCACUCUUUGAACAGUUAUAAUAGGAGAAAUAUUUCUCCUCGUUGCCUUAUGAAGAUUGAUAUAAGCAAAGCUUAUGACUCAAUUGACUGGAAUUUUUUGGAAAAUCUUCUUAAUGCAUUGUGCUUUCCGAAGAGGUUUAUAAGAUGGAUUAUGGUUUGUCUCAGGGGUUCUUCUUAUUCCUUGGUUUUGAAUGGAAAUAUUCAAGGGAGGUUUCAAGGUGCUAGAGGGCUUAAACAAGGAGACCCUAUUUCACCUUUAUUGUUUGUAAUAGUGAUGGAUUACCUUACUAGAUUGUUGCUAAAAAUUUCAACGGAGAAAGAGUUCAGGUUUCAUCCCUUAUGUAAGUCUUUAAAGUUGGUUAAUCUCUGUUUCGCGGAUGACCUUCUUUUGUUUUGCAAAGCUAACCAGGAUUCAGUCAGACUUAUACAACAAGUGUUCACUGUGUUUGCUAACUCUUCGGGUCUCACUAUAAAUAAAACCAAAUCCAGAGUUUACAUAGGUGGGCUUGAUGCAGGGGAGAAAGACAAAUUGCUUCAGGAAUUUUGUCUAUUAGAAGGGCAGUUUCCCAUGAGUUAUUUGGGAGUUCCCUUGAGACCGACCAAAUGGAGGGCUAGUGACUGUGAUAUUCUGAUUGAAAAAAUGAGAGCUAGGCUGAAAGGGUGGUCUAAUCAUCACUUAUCUUAUGCUGGCCGGGUUCAUCUAAUCAAUUCAGUAUUGUUGGGGAUUCGAUCCUAUUGGAUGAAUAUUUUCAUUUUACCUCAAAAAGUUGUGAAAGCAAUUGAUAGUCUGUGUUUGAAGUUCCUUUGGGGUGAGAAGGAUAAUAGAAGUAAAAUGCAUAGGAUCUCUUGGGAGCAUGUCAGCAGACCUAAAUGCUUUGGAGGGUUGGGGUUCAAGGAUAGCUUUUCUUGGAACAAAGUAGUGAUGGCUAAGUACUUUUGGGCAAUCUCUUCCAAGCAGGAUUUGUUAUGGGUUAAAUGGGUUAAUGAUGUUUAUCUAAAGGGUGAUUCAAUAAGGGAGUAUCGUUUAAAGCAGAAUACCAGUUGGUAUUGGAGGAGAAUCAUUAAGUUGAGCCAUCUCUGGUCUGGUUCUGAGAUGAAUGCUGCGGUUAGGAAUGGAAAAAUCCAUCUGGGCACCCUGUAUUCGAUUGUGUUUCCUGGUGAGCUGGUGCAGUAUGUAAAGGCUGUCUGGUGUAGACUUUCGGCUCCAAAGCACUAG